AUGAAGAACAAAGGGAGUCAUGGCCAAAACAGAUUUAUUCGAAUUCUCGCAUUACCAUGGAAGGCAUUAAUCAAAGCGCGAGAUUGUUACGUAGGUACAAUGACGAAUUACGCAGUUGUAAAUCCUCGGAGUUUACCUAAGAGUUACAGUGUAACAUCAUCUACGAGGUCUGAUAACAGCGAAGAUUUUAGAGAACUUGUUAGAGCAGCGUCCGCGAGGAGUAUGGGAGAGAAUUUUGAGCUGAAUUUAUUAAUACAGCAACAAAUUCGACAGCAAUUACAGCAACAAACGCCAUCAAGGAGAACAGUACCGAGGAGUGUUAGUGUUGGUAUGGGAAGAAUCGAUGAAGAUAAGCCAUUUGUUUUAGGAGGUCAAGAAGAUGAUGUUUCGGUUAUGUUAAUGAAAAAUGAUUUGAGGUAUCCUAGGAGUAGAAGUCAUGCUGUUUCAAAGACUAGUAAUAUUCAUGUCUUUUGA